AUAGUAUUGCUUUUGGUAUUCGUAUAUUUUUAAACACAUUCUGCGAAUAAAUCGUUUAAAUGGUGUUUAAACUAGGAAAAUUGUUCGCAUUUGUGACACGCCUCCCCCGUCUUAUGAAUGAAAUGGAACAGCCCGCUGUUGCCACGCCCCCUCCCCGCUCGAGUUGAUGUUGUUUAUGUCAGUCAGAGACGUUUGAUGGAGGAAGUGACAAAAAGACACAAACAAACCUGUCGAGUUUCCCCAAAAGUGACAACUCCCGCAGCUUUUCAGAGACGUUAUGAAAAAUAGGAUUAUUGCCCCGAAACAUAUGUUAACACAGGGGGUAAUAAACUCAUGGAGCUGCGCAACGGCACACAGGGGAGACUAGCGCGCCUCCGGCGGAGCUGCAAGCGAGCCAAGCCGCCCAGCACACACAUGAGGCGGGAUGAAGGUAAAGUCCUGCGUCCGCUGCCUGUGGAGACCAACGAGGACGACGAGGAGCUCAUGGAGGAGGAGGACUGUUUCUCCACGGGCUUCCUCAAGCGUGACAGUCUCCAUCCCGCCGUGUUCCUCAAGACGCCCAGGUAUAGCUUGAUCCGGGAGGUGGGUCGCGGGAGCUACGGUGUGGUGUACGAGGCCGUCGCCCGCAGGUCCGGAGCCCGCGUGGCCGUGAAGAAGCUCCGCUGCGACGCGCCCGAGAAAGUGGAGCUGGCUCUGGCCGAGUUCUGGGCCCUGGCGAGCCUGGAGAAGAAGCACGAGAACGUGGUGCAGCUGGAGGAGUGCGUGCUGCAGAGAAACGGGAUGGCACAGAAAAUGAGCCACGGGAACAAACGAAACAAACAGUAUUUGAGAUUAGUUGAAACUUCACUCAAAGGUGAGCGUAUCUUGGGUUACCCAGAGGAACCAUGUUAUCUUUGGUUUGUUAUGGAGUUCUGCGAUGGCGGCGACCUCAACCAGUACAUCCUCUCACGGCGGCCUGAUCCACGGACCAACCGUAGUUUCAUGAAGCAGAUGACCAGCGCUGUGGCCUUCCUCCAUAAGAACAACAUCGUCCACCGGGACCUCAAACCAGACAACAUUCUCAUCUCGCAGAAAUCCGGCGAUCCGGUCAUCAAGGUCGCCGACUUCGGCCUCAGCAAGGUUUGCGCGGCACUCAGCUGCAUGGAGAGCGAAGGCGACAACCAGGUGAACAAAAACAUGGUGAACAUUAACAAAUUCUGGCUGUCGUCAGCAUGCGGCUCCGACUUCUACAUGGCUCCGGAGGUGUGGGAGGGACACUACACUGCCAAAGCGGACAUUUUUGCUCUCGGCAUCAUCAUUUGGGCCAUGAUUGAGCGGAUCACGUUCAUCGAUGCCGAGUCCAAGCGAGAGCUCCUCGGCACAUACGUCCGCCAGGGGACCGAGAUCGUCCCGGUGGGUGAAGCCCUGCUAGAGAACCCAAAGAUGGUCCUGAACAUCCCACAGAAGACGCGGAGCAUCAUGUCUGAAGGCGUCAGGCGGCUUCUGCAGGACAUGUUGGCGGUGAACCCGCAGGACCGGCCCGACGCGUCUCAGUUGGAGGUUAGAAUGGACCAAGUCACAUGGGCGGCGUAAGCCAAACCCAUUGGAUGAAGAAAGCGAGCAUGCACAUUUUUCAGGUGGGUUGCAAGUUAAAUUUUAGAUGCUGUGUUCACCAUUUUUGUUCACCUCAGACCAAAAGUCAAGAGUGCAGUUUAAAUCCCAUUAUGAAUUAGGUUGUUGAAAAGUAUUAAAGGCACAAGUUAUAUAAGUUUUCGCCACUAGAGGUCGCAUUUUCAAAACAAUAACAGAGGCGGAGCUCGAUGACGCAAUGAUGGAGCAUGUAACAAUGGGAGAUGUUAUUUUCACCAAAUAAUUUUCACGGAUGAUAUUUGCUUACCGGUCUAUUAAAACACACGUGAGAGUGGAGUAUCUGUCCAGUCCCAGGUUUUCGCGAAGCUCUCUCCGUUUUGGAAACGCCACGGCAAUAUUUAUUCUAGUUUUAUUUCUGUGUUUGUCCCAAUGCCUUCUUGCCUCAGUUGGUGUAACGUCUAUGUUUUUUUUUUCUUCGUACUUUCCAAAAUGUAAUCGUGAUAACAUAAAUGCACAACAGUGGUGUUCUACAUGCGGUAUAACUUAAACGUCCGCAUUUCUCCAUGUGUGUUGUCGUAGUAUUCAUAAGCGAGGUUUGGCGAGGAUAUUGUGUUAUUGGUAGGCGACACUGACCCAGGGAGGUGUCAUUAUUUAAAACUGGAAUUUCUCUUGGAUUUCCCAAAUCCUUGGGAACUUUUAGUACACAACUGAAUGAAAUAUAUAAAAAAUA